AUGAGGAGCGCAGUGCUAGUGGUGGCACUAGCGCUGGCGGCGGCGGCUGUGGCGGUGGCGGCGGCGGCGGCUGCGGCGGCCGUGUCGGCGCCGGGGGCGGAGGCGGAGGACUGCUCGCCGUGCGCGUGCCGCCACUCGGAGGCGGGGCUGGUGGUGAGCUGCGCGCACGUGGCGGGCGACGCGCUGGCCGCAGUGCUGGCGCCGCUGCGGCUGCCCGUCGCGUCGCUGACGGUGCAGCAGCUGGAGGGCAGCGCGCCCGCCUUCGCGCCGUCGCCGCCGCUGCGCCAGCUGCACAUCGCGGGCGCCGGGCCGGGCGCGCUGCGCGACGACAGCCUGCGCGGGCUGCGCCGCUGCCUGACGGCGCUCGGCGUCAGCGGCGCGGGGCUGGCCGCCGUGCCCGUGGCGGCGCUGCGCGGGCUCGCCGCCCUGCGCUCCCUCUCGCUCGACGCCAACCUCGUGUCGGCCGUGCCCGCGCACGCCUUCCGGGGGCUGCCGCUCGCCGCGCUCAGCCUGCGCGCCAACAGGGUGCGCGCUCUGUCCGAGCACGCCUUCGCCGGCCUCGAGGAGUCGCUCGCCGAGCUGGACCUGUCGAGCAACCGGCUGCGGGCGCUGCCGUUGGCCGAGCUGGGCGGGCUGCGCGCGCUGCGCACGCUGCGCCUGGCACGCAACGAGAUCUCGUCCGUACCGCAGCCCGACGCGACGCGCCUCGGCGCGCUGCUGCUGCUCGACGUGGCGCACAACGAGCUGUCUACCGUCGAAGCGCACGCCUUCGUCGCGACGCCGGCGCUGCGCCAGCUCUCGCUGCGGCACAACGUCGUCGACGGCGUGCACGAGGAGGCUUUCGCGCCGCUGCUCGACCUCGAAUCCGUCGACCUGAGCCACAACCGUCUCGUUUCCCUUUCCGAGGACACCUUCCGAGACAACCGACAGCUGCGCACUGUCGACCUCAGCUACAACCACCUGCACCACAUCGGCGACAUGUUUGCGAGUCUUCCAGAACUCAAGGAACUGUACCUGUCUGAGAACAACAUACUGAAGAUUCCUGGCGGUGCUUUCAAGGGUUCCGUGAGUUUAGAAGUAAUACACCUCCAGCGAAACGCGAUACGCCACAUCGGCGCGGACUCGAUGCGAGAGUUGCGCCACUUACUGCAGUUACGCUUGAGUGACAACUUUCUACAGACCAUUCCACACGACCUCCUCGUCAGCUGCGAAAACCUCACCAAGCUUUCCCUGGACGGCAACAGGAUAUCCGAACUGCAACGGAAAACGCUGAGCACGCUCAAAAACCUCACCGUAUUGAGACUGCACAAUAAUAAAAUUGAUAAAGUGUCUAAAGACCUCUUCAAAAGUGCCGUUUCCCUAUUCGAACUAGAGCUGCAGAAUAACGAAAUCUCCGUUAUCGAAACGGCCGCAUUCAGGAACCAGAGAUAUCUGCAACACAUAAACCUCGAGAAGAAUUAUGUAGAAUCCCUGAGCGAUAUUUUUCCCCACCAGUCUUCGUCCCUUAUAUCCAUCAGACUCGGCUACAACAGACUGGCUUUCCUUCACAACAGCAGUCUCCGCGGCCAGUCUAAUACCCAGAUCGUGUCGCUUAGCCACAACAACAUCAACAGAAUCGGCAGAUUCCUGUUCAGUGACCUUAUAGUUACCGAGAAGCUGUACCUGACAAACAACAGUAUAUCCGUCAUAGAAGACAGAGCGUUCAUCCAAAUGUCGCGUCUCAAGACUCUGGACCUCAGUUUCAACAAGCUGCAGUACAUAACGAAAAACACCUUCCUCGGACUGCACGGGCUCGUCGACCUGUACCUGUCGGGGAACGCCAUAACGAAGGUUGAUUCGUUCGCACUGACAUUCCUCAACCAACUACGCGUUCUCGAUCUUACUGGCAACUCAAUUGCCGUCCUCCACGAAAAUAUGCUGCAGCAAGGUCUUCCAAUACGAAUCCUCAGCCUGAAAAAGUGCGGCAUAGUGAAAAUAGAGAGCGGUGCGUUCCGCGGUCUGAACAAUCUGAACGAGCUGAACCUGGAAGGCAACAACCUGUCAGCGGCAGCCGUGGGACAGCUGGAUGUUCCGGGACUGCGGGUUCUGCAUGCGUCUGCCAACAGCCUAGCGGGCAUCCGGUCGGGCGCUCUUUCCAGCCUGCCGUCGCUGCAAGUCCUCUCGCUGGCCAGGGCGCAGAUCGGCGACGUGCCCAGGCACCUACUCGCCACCAACGCCGACCUCGUGCGCCUCGAACUCAGUGGGAACGGACUGCACAAACUCAACAAAGACCUGUUUAAAGGCUUAAAACGCCUGAAAGAAAUCCGCCUGCACAAGAACUCUUUCACAGAAAUUCCUUACGAAGCUCUCGCAAUCAUUUCGAGUCUCGAGGUGCUAAUAAUAUCGGAAAACCGUCUCUCGAACGUGGACAUGAGAAGAUUAAAUAACCUGUACAUGUUGAAACACUUAGAUUUCAGUAAGAACUUCAUUUCGUCUUUCGGUGGCUUCAAGUACACCAAAUUUCCCCACCUCAUCUCUAUAGACCUCGCAAGAAACUCGCUCCUGUCGCUGCCCAGUAAUUUCUUCCUGCUGUCCACUUCCCUGAGGAGGCUCGACCUGUCUUACAACAGAUUCAAGCAGCUGCCCACUCUCGCCCUCUCCGACAAGAACUUGCCGUCUCUCGGUUGGCUCAACUUCACCGGAAAUCCGCUUUACUGGGUAGGAAACAUGUCUGUGGUGCACGAUAAGUCCAACCUCCAAGAAAUACACAUCACAGGCACAAAUCUGAGUGUUGUCAGAAACCACGAGCUCAGCAGAUUCGGAAAGUUGCUCAACCUGUACCUGAAUAGGAACAACAUUACGGACAUCGCAGUGGGAGCUUUCAGGAACCUCACUGACCUGCGGAAGCUCGACCUCAGCGAGAAUCAUAUCAGCAAAUGGAGCCAAGAAAUUCUGCAGGGACUCGUUUAUAUCGAGAUGCUCAAUCUUUCCGGCAACCACCUGAAGUUCAUAGAGGACGUGUUCUUAGAAAGUAAAAAUAUCAAAGUGUUAGAUUUCUCCUUCAACCAAAUUACUUACGUCGGUAAGAAGACAUUCCGCCAUCUGCAGAGACUGACUGAACUUCGCCUCAACGGCAACAAAAUUUCGACCAUAGUUGAUGACGCAUUUCGGACGUUGAGGAGUGUGCGUUUUCUCGACAUCAGUGAGAACUUGCUGAAGACAGUCCCCGUGGCGGUCCUGCAUUCAGUCGAGAGGCACGUGAAGCACAUGUCCAUAGCAGGGAACCCGCUGGACUGCGGCUGCGAGUCGCGCGAGCUGCUGCUGUGGCUGGACGAGCACCCCAAGCUGGAGAUGGCGCUGGCGGCGGAGCACGAGUGCUCGGCGCCCGCAGAAGUGUCCGGCCUGUCUCUGGCCCACCCGGAGCUGCGGCGGCGCUGCGUGGCUCCCACCGUGCGCCACGUGUGGGCGCGCUCCGUCACCGCCACCUCGCUGCUCGUCACUUGGCACAGCGACAACUCGUCGCGCUCCGCCGGCUUCCGCGUCACGCUGCGCCCCCUCGACCGCAAGGAUACCGAGCGCAGCCUGGAGGUGGGGGCGGCGGCGCGGUCGCUGCAGGUGUCGCGGCUGUGGGCGGGCUCGCGCUACCUGGUCUGUGUGCUGGCGCUGCGGACGCCGCCGGAGCCAGACGAGGAUACGGAGGCGGCGCGGCGCUGCAUAUCGGCGCGCACGUCGUCUUCGCGGGCCGGGGAGCCGGCGGCGGCCGGCGGGCUGCCGUGGCCGCUGCUGACGCGCCGUCUCGGGCUCAUCAUCGGCACGUGCACCGGCUGCGUCGUCUUCCUGACGCUGACGCUCGUGCUGGGCUACCUCAAGCUGAAGAAGCAGCGCGCGCAGGCCACGGCCGACGCCGCGCCACAGGACUACGUGGGCUACCGCAACUUCUCCAUCCACAGCGGCGAGCUGCUGCCGAGCACCGUGUCCUUAGGGCACGCCUCGCUCAGCUCGCGACUCUGACACCCGAAUACCUCGGCAUUCUUUUCGAACCUCGUAAUACAAAUUCUCGUGUACUUCCAGUUAACAUUGGUAACUCGAACUUUACCCGUAGCUCCAAAUACACCUGCACUUCCCACAAAGUUAUCGACUAGGGCGGGAAAUUUAUUGCGUUCCAUAGGCAAAAGGAGCGAAGGCGCUUAUUCCGUACGGAAAAAGAAAUGCAAAAGUUCGGUUCCGGCGAGACUCACGUAGAGGAUUUGUGUCGCAGGUCCGUAUGCGUGUUCUUACAGGCGUCGGGAAGAUGAAUGCCGAGUAAAAUAUUAAACGUGAUUCGACACUAGUAAUCAAGAAGAGAUGAAUAAAUAGACAUUUUUACACCCUAUUUCAGCGUAGAACACAGCGUCGAAACCAGCCUAGUGUGAUGAUUUCAAAAAGGUUUCGAGCCAAAACCAACCAAUAUCUUCCAAAGACUGCCAGUGACUUAUGAUUCUGAAUAAAAUACGUACUUAAUUGAAAUCCCCUGUCUAUUCACCUAUCAUUCACUCCAUUAAUGAAGUAACGAAACAUUAAUCAGACCCAUAAUAGUAAAUUCGCCUUUCGGAAGUUCCCUUGAGCAAAAGGGACGUCAUCCAAAGUCGAAUAUACGACGUAGCGGCCAGAGAUGAGCGUAUCAACAAUAUGAGAAACCUCUGGAAAGUAGCUAGAGAACGUAAAUUGUUGGAAUUACAGUAUGGCACUGUGUAAAUCGAGUCACAUUUUGAGGGGACGUUUUUCGUGAGGUCCGCUGGUCAAAAAGCCAUUCAAUAUAGGCAGGAGGAAAUGAAUUUCACCACCAUCGAGAGAGUGAAAACACACUUGCACCCAAUUAGAGAUUAACAUUUGUGGUACCAGUCUUGUAAACAAAAUUCACGACCUACUGAGAAGAGAUAAAAUUUAUCCGAAAUAAACGACGCGAUAAGGAAGUGUCGCUCGUUAUUCAAUUCCCAUGAAUACAUGAGAUUUUUUAACAUGUGUUUAACCUGCGUGUUAUUUUUGACAAGAACUGUGACAGAUUAGGUCGGGCAUGUUACGAGACAAUGUUAGUUGUCCAUACAGGUAACGAUAAUGCAGUCAAUCGCAGAAUUGCUGAUGAAGCUGUAUCACUCUUUGGUACUACUUUGUUACUACCCAAGAUUCGCUUCUGCGUAUCAACGUAAGUGUUACGUCGGAUUCAUGGAAUUUCAUUAUUGCACCCUACCCUGUUCUCUUGUGCGAAGUUGUAGACCAGGAUAACCCCUUAAGAACGUGAUGGCCGCAUUCAUAAACAAACAACUUUCCACAUGGCGGUCGUUUCACGAAAUAGAGAACGUUUAAGAUAUUUACGUUCACAAAAGUAGUGAGCGGGAAAGAAAUAUUGCUCAGAAAACGCGGAUUAUGCUAACGCGUUAAGGAGAAGCAAUAUUAUGUCAGUACCUAUUUCAAAUAACCAAAAUUUGUCACGGUAAGAACGUAGAGAGAAUUCGUCGUGUAGUACAACCUUAAGUAGACAUGUAGCCAUUUACUGUAGAGAACCCGGUCUCAUUUCUUCUUGUACUGUGUAAAAUCAUUUAUUGCUCUGAAUACGAAUGUCUGACAAAACUGUUCUUAUGCGCUAUACAACAAGGAAGUUCUUCGUGUAUCGAUAUGCUGUUCGCAUGUGUCGGAAUACGUCCUAAUCGAACAAGAAAUAUUUCCCGCCAAAAUGUAGAUUAUCUUAUAUAACGAAAGCACUUUUUUCCCAAUACUUCCUUUUGCAUUAGUGUUGAGGAAUACUUAUUUGCCUUGUAGAUAUGAGACCUCGAAUUAAUUAUCAGUUGAUUUGUUAACUUUUCCUCCGAAAGGCAAUUUUUCAUACCAGGUACCGUCAUUGUAAUACCUUUUCCGUUAAAACGCAGUGAAACUACAGAAAACGAGUAAAAUGAUUUCGAGGUUGACUCUCAUGAAUUUAUUUGUUGCUGCCAUGUAGCUGAGUGCACACCAACUCUUUUUUAAGAUGUUAGAAAGCUUUUCCCCUUCCUAUAAUGCUAUGUUAAACGAGAAAACUACAUAAUAUGCCGUUAUAUAUAUAAAUAUAUAUACCAUCAUAACUUUAUGUCUGUUAUAGUAGAGAUAAUCCAAAAUGAAACCAUUGCAAACACCGUUAUGUGCUAAAUGUAUAUACCCUAAUGUAACCAACACCACAAUUGACAUAGUCGGAUAUAAGGUUUAUUUUAUAAAGAAAUAUCCAUAACCCUAUCACAUGCAGAAUACAUUGUUCAUAUUAUGUUAUGUCAAUUCAGUCUAAAUUCAGUCUAAAUUAUUGAUAAAAAAUUAAAGGAAACGGUAUUAGUGUAUUUAUUGUUGUCUUUUCUAAUAAACGCAUU